AUGGCAGACUCUGGCUACCGACGGAAUCGCCGGCCAGACGGCGACCGAGAACGCGGCAGUGGCAGCAACCGCCACCGUGACCGCAACGACCGCGACUACGAUCGGGAUCGUGGUGGCCGUGGACGUGAUGACCGUGGGCGUGACGACCGUGGGCGUGACGACCGUGGGCGUGACGACCGUGGUGGCCAUCGCCGCUACCGGUCGCGCUCACGCGACGGCAGAGACUAUCGGGACCGCGACCGCGACCGCGACCGGCGCGACAAUCGCCACAACGACCGCAGCGAUCGUGGCGACCGCGAGGACCGCCGCCGGUCCGCCUCGCCGGACCGCCGCAGCGGCAGCCCCCCGUCGCUGUCCUCGUCUCGACUCACACCACCACCGCCUCCUCCGCCUCCGCCACCCUCUCGCCGCGCGGCUGGCGGCGGCCCCAACAAGAACCACCGCCGGGCACCGAAUGGAAGAAGGGCUGACGAGGACGACGACGACGACGACGACGACGACGACGAGCAGGGCGGCCUCCUGCGCAACAGCGCCUCGGCGGGCCUGCCGAAUAGAACGCGUGCGCGGCCCGGUGAGAGCACGUCCACGCCCACGACGUCUGCGUCUACCGUCGCCCCCAUGUCCUUCCGUGUCGGUGGGGCCCACAACGGCAGCAGCAGAAGCAACAGGCACUACGACGACGCUGGAUAUGGAGAGGCCGACGGCUACGACGAUGCGGACGGCCACGACGACGGCGAGGCCGACAUGGAGGCCGGUGGCAGUGGCGGCGAUGUCGACGGCGACGGGGACGGCGACGGCGACGACGACGACGACGACGAUGUCGAGGUCGACGACGAUGGCAUGGAUGCCAUGCAGGCCAUGAUGGGGUUCAGCGGCUUCUCGUCCACCAAAGGCACCAAGGUGGCGGGCAACAAUGCAGGCGCCGUCCGCAAGGCCAAGCGCACCCAGUACCGCCAGUACAUGAACCGCCAAGGCGGCUUCAACCGGCCGCUCAGUCCGUCGCGGUAA